AUCGCUGCUUUCUCGCCGUUCCGUCAGUCGGCCCAGAGUCGGUUGCGUGCCAACAUGCAGGAAAUCCUUGAAACCAGGUCCCACGAUGAGAAGACGCCACUGCUACGGCAGCAGCGCGAUGAGCGUCUUAAGGCCCGGAAGGUCGAAAUCGUGCCCAUGAAGCGCAGUGACAUGGCACGCGGUGCUAACACUAUUCAUACCGCCUUUCACACGGACUCGUUGAUGCAGUAUUUCGACGACGCCGACACUGCACCUUUUCUCGAGAGACGGGCAAAAUUUCGUUACUAUCUCAUGUUCGAUGCUGGAAUUCGGCAGCAUCGUCAGCUAACUGUUGACGCGGGAGCCGCUGUCCUGAAGUACCAGGUACCUGGAGGUCGCGAGGAUCCUUGGGUACAUACAUACCUGACAAACGUCAGUCGCAAGCUGUUCGAUACGCGUGAGCUCACGAAGCGUGUCACGGAGUUCGCAGAGAAGACGGUUGCCGCGGUCGUGGACGCCUUUGGCGAGAAGCUGGCGGAAAUGUACGAAAUUCAAUCCCUUGGAACAGAUCCGGAGUUCCAGGGUCAGGGCUUUGGUUCCGCCUUGGUCACCGCAGUAACAGACAUGGCGGACGCUGACAGUCGCGACGUGUGGCUAGUCACCACAGAUGCGUACGCGUUCUACGAAUUUCUGGGUUUUGCUACCGUCCGGAGCUUCAUUGUCGGAGAUGCUAACCCAACCUGGGCAAAGGCACCCAUUACUGUUCGCGUUAUGCACCGACCUUGGAAGAAGUCAAUUGAAGACGUUUAGUGGGUUUAUUAUGUGGUGACACGUACAGGUUGAUAGGAGGUAUCUCUGCCGGCUCGCAUGUAUUUCCUAUGUAUUAGAUGGAUCGAUAGCGCUGAACGUUAGCGGUAUACUGGUCGACAGUGAUUUAAAGGAUGCACUCACUUUACA